AUGGUUGAAUUAUCAUUAAUAAAUCAACAACUAUUCAAAAUAAUUGAAGUUAAACUACCACGACGUAUUCUUUUAUAUGGACCACCAGGCACAGGUAAAACUUUAAUUGCACGUGCCAUGGCUAAUGAAACUGGUGCAUUUUUCUUUUUAAUCCAUGGAUCGGAAAUUAUGUCUAAAUUACCUGGUGAAUCUGAAUUAAAUUUACGUAAAGCAUUUGAAAAAGCUAAAAAGAAUGCUCCAGCUAUUAUUUUCAUCGAUGAACUCGAUGUAAUUGCACCAAAGCGUGAAAAAAGUCAUGAUGAAAUUGAGCAUCGUUUUGUUUUACAAUUAUUAACAUUAAUGGAGGAUAUUCAACAAUGUUCACAUGUGAUUGUUAUGGCGGCAACAAAUCGACCAAAUUCAAUUAAUCCAGCACUUCGUCGUUUUGCUCUAGAAAUUAAUAUUGGUAUUCCUGAUGUUGUUGCUCGUUUAGAAAUUCUUUGUAUACAUACAAAAAAUAUGAAAUUAGGUGAUGAUGUUGAUCUUGUACAAAUUGCUAAUGAAACAUAUGGUUAUGUUGGUGCGGAUUUAGCAUCAUUAUGUUCAAAAGCUGCUUUACAACAAAUUCAAGAAAAAAAUGAAUUUGUUACACAAGAGAAUUUUCGAUUUGCACUUAAUCAAUCAAAUCCAUCAGCUUUACAUGAAAUAGUUAUUGAAGAACCAAGAACAACAUGGGCAGAUAUUGGUGGUUUAGAAAAUGUUAAAUGUGAAUUACAACGACAUGUUCAAUAUUAUGAUGGACAUCCGAGAAAAUUUCUCAAGUUUGAUACGACGUCAUCACAUGGUGUUCUCUUUUUUGGACCACCUGGUUGUGGUAAAACAUUAUUAGCAAAAGCUAUGGCUAAUGAAUGUCAAUCAAAUUUUAUUUCGGUAAAAGGUCCUCAAUUAUUAACUAUGUGGUUUGGUGAACCAGAAGCUAAUGUCCGUGAUGUAUUUGACAAAGCUCGUCAAGCAGCACCAUGCGUACUUUCUUUUGAUGAAUUAGAUGCAAUUGCUAAAUCUCGUGGUGGUAGUGCUGGCGAUGGUAGUGGUGUAACUGAUCGUGUCAUUAAUCAAAUGUUAACUGAAAUGGAUCGUAUAGAUGCAAAGAAGAACGUUUUUAUUAUUGGUGCCACCAAUCGACCGGAUAUUAUCGAUUCAGCUAUUCUUCGACCAGGUCGUUUUGAUCAAUUAAUUUAUAUUCCAUUACCUAAUGACGAAUCACGGAUGGAUAUUCUAAAAACUUCUUUAAGAAAAUCAUCUGUAGCUAAAGAUGCUGAUAUGGAUUACUUGACUAUUGUAACCGAAGGUUUCAGUGGUGCUGAUUUAACAAAAAUUUGUGAACGAGCUUCUCCAGUACCAGAAAUUCGUCAUGAUCAUUUUGAUGAAGCUAUGAAAUUUGCUCGACGAUCAGUUAGUGAUGAAGAUAUAAGUGAAUAUGAAAUAUUUGCUACAAAAUUACAACAAGAUUUUCAAGGUUUUCCAACAAAAUAA